CUUUCCCCCCAUCAUUUGGCGCAGCCCACCGUGGUUCGAAUACGUAGAAGGGAGGUUGGGGGAAAAGUACGACAAAUGUUCAGUACGUAGUAUCUCGUACUCGAACUUGAUCGUCGGUACGUACUGACUAGCCGGUUUUGUUGAACACGUUGCUCCCGAGUUUGUGUAAAAUCCUUAUUACGGGCAGCAAGCUCUAGCUUGUUGAAAAAUAUUUUAAGUUUAGGAAGACGAUUUGUCUAUCAGAAUGGAUUCCCUCCCAAGUACAGGACGCAUGACUGGAGCCCAACGAGAAGAGUUGAUUGAACAAGUGAAACAGCAGAUAGCUAUCGCCACAGCACAGGAGCUGCUAACCAAAAUUUCUGAAAAGUGUUUUAAGAAGUGCAUCAUCAAGCCAAGCUCAUCACUUGAUAGCUCAGAACAGAAAUGCAUCGCUAUGUGCAUGGACCGUUACAUGGAUUCAUGGAAUCUGGUAUCUAAAACUUACAGCAGUCGUCUUCAAAAGGAGAGUAUGAGAUAAAAAUAGUCAACUAUGUGUGAUGCCAAUUGUAGAAUUUCAUUACAUAAUCAACAACAAAUUGA